AUGACACAUCUACCAGAAUGUCAUGAUUUACUGGGACAUCCAGUCCGCAUCGACUUGAUUCCCGGAAGUACUCAUGUCAAUUCCAUUGUAGGCAACCUGUAUACAGUUGAUCCCAUAUCUGGAGAUAUGAUCGUUCUGAGUUUCAAAAAUGCACAACCAGAAAGUAUGAAAUGGAUUCCAAAAGGGUCUAUGAGGUCAGUACACAAAAUAGAGAACAACGUGCCAGAAUGCGUUCCGUUCUCUCCAGAAGUCGAGGAAAUGAUGGCAGAGUUCUUCCGUAAGAAGACAGACAGUGUCAAUGCGGUGGAAAUAAGCAAAAGAAAGAAUGACAUCAUCAAAUGGCUGAAGAGGAAUCAUGUGGAGGUGAAGAACCGUGGAGAGACUUUGAUAAUAUUUGGAAGUGUAAGAGUAGAAGCACCUUAUACUUCCGAAGACUGUUAUUGUGACAACUCCAUAAUCCUCAAACGUGUACAGGCGAUGAUCGAAAAAUGUCCUCAAACAUAA